AUGGACCCCGAAAAGGAUCCCAGACCUACGCAUACUUCCUCCAUAUGCGACAUCCAUAGCACAAUCGAGUACCUCCAUCCGAAGUCCCAUCCCAAUGUUCACCUCCCACACUAUCUACACAAAAGCACAAACAUCACCAUCCCCACACCACCAAACGGCCAAGCCUACAAAUCCCCCUUGCUAUGGUCCCGGCAAAAGAAAUUCAUUACAACGAUAAUCGCCUGUGGCGUAACAGCCAUGGCCGCCUACGCAGCGGGCGAGCUGGCACCCGCAUUCAACCAGUUACACCAGGCAUGGGGUGUUGAUCUGGUUCCCUUCAAUCUAUCGACAACCCUGUUUACCCUGGGCUUUGCAGUUACGCCGAUGGUCCUUGCGCCGUUCUCGGAGGGGUGGGGGAGGAGGCCGAUCUUUUUGGGGAGUGGGGUGCUUUUUACUGCUUGUCUUGCGGGCUGUGGCGCGAGUGACUCGUUGGCUGGGCUGUUGGUUGGGAGAUUCUUCUUGGGAGUUUCAGGGUCAUCAUUCUCCUCAAUCGUCGGCGGCGUGAUCAGUGAUAUAUAUGCGGACCAUGAGCGAAAUGUCCCCAUGGCUCUAUUUUCCGGAGCAACCCUCUUCGGCACCGGCGUUGGACCGCUAAUCAGCAGCACCAUUGCAUCAAGGACAACAUGGCGGUGGAUAUGCUACUCGCAGGCCAUGGUCAGUGCAGGGGUUGUGGCGCUAUUGUACUUCUUCUUUGCGGAGACCCGUGAGGUGGUUCUGCUCUCGCGCAUGACGGAUGACUUCAAUUCAUACUUUGAUGCCAUGGAGCAGGUGGGAUUUUACGGUGUCGUUGUGAAUUCCAGUCUUGGGGAUUCUCAGGGAGGGGGCCGGUUGGUCCGGGUCAGAUACCGUGUCGAUACUGGAGGAAAGGAGAUGGCUUUGAGAGAUAGGUUGAUCAUUUCUUGCUCGCGGCCAUUCACCUUCCUGUUCACCGAGCCUGUCGUCUUCUUCUUCUCCCUCUGGGUCGCUUUCAGCUGGGCCGUGCUGUACCUGAACUUCGGCUCGAUUCCUCUCGUCUUUUCGACUACAUACAACUUCACCCUCGAGCAGACGGGGGCAGUAUUUACUGGUAUAGUCCCAAAUUGCUUCUAUAUCACCUACUUUCUAUCCAUGUCUGCUUGUAUCCACAAAUUAACAAUUUUGAUUACAUUAGCGAUUGCUAUCGCCUCAAUUUUUGCAACCCUCCUAAGCAUCUACCAAGAGAAGCUGGCAAUAACUUAUAAUAUACUACCCCAUACCACGGAAGCCCGCCUCUACUUUGCCUGCGUCGAAGCGUUCCUCCUCCCCAUUGGCCUCUUCUGGUUCGGUUGGUCUGUGCGGCCGACCAUACACUGGAUAGUCCCGUCUCUGGGAAUCGGGUGCGCAAUCGUCGGGAUCUUCUCGAUAUACCUGGCUACAUUUAAUUACCUUGCCGAUGCGUAUAAGGAGUAUGCCAGUUCGGCUAUUGCGGCACAGUCGUUUUGUCGUAAUCUUCUUGGUGGUAUAUUCCCACUUGUUACGAAUGCCAUGUUCAGCAACCUUGGUUAUGGGCCCGCAGCGAGUCUCUUGGGUGGGAUUGGUCUCGCCUUGACGCUUGUUCCUUGGGUUCUCCUCGCGUUUGGGCCGAGAAUCAGAGGGAAAAGUAAGUUCGCAUGUGGGGAUCGUGGUUAACCACGGGAGUGCAAAACCAUAUAUAUAUAUAUAGCGAGUACGUGAUGGCUUGCGGGAGUGAAUGCACUUUAAGGAAUAGAAAGACCGUGGAACCCAAUACACUAGGAUGCACUUCAAGGCCAUCUAACAUAAUAAGGUGAAUACAACAAUUGAUAUCUCGCCAAAAUGGUGCAUCCAUCUAAUAAUG